UAUCAAGAAUACAUUAUUGAACAUAAACGAAGGUGCGUGGCUCAGUGGUUAGGUUAUCCGGCUCACGAUCGAAAGGUCGUGAGUGCGAUAGCCGGUGGCGCGUUGUGUCCUUGAGCAUGAUACUUUAUUUGACGUUGCUUCUGUUCAAUCAGCUGCCAAAUAUGAGUAAUAACUGCAUUUCAAAGGGUUACGCUUGUCACACUGAGUCACGCUGUAUCUCCCCGAGAACUGCAUCGAAGGUGCGCGUGUUUGUGAAGUGUUCAGCCACUCGCACGUUCAUUUCACGCUAGGAUCAAAUGGAACACUCGUCGUCGUAACGAAGUGCCAGUUUGUUGAAUACGGUCCUCCAAUUCAAGGCUGAAAUAUAUAAUCCGAGGGAAAUUAGGCUGCUGUUUCUAGCAGGUCAUCUAUACAUGUUCCCUUGCUGCUAUGUAGUUUUUGAACCCUGGGAAACUUAUGAACAUUUUCCCAUCUGUUGGUCACAUUGCAUUUCAUUUUUUCUUUUAUUUAUUUAUUAUACAGAACCUACUUAGAAACGAGCCGUUAUCGAAUUUUGUACGAAACAGUGGUUCACAAUGAAUCUCUGAGUGUUUCCAUAUAUUCUUUUAGAUUUUUGAUUUUAAACAUCUUUCUUGAUUAUUUUCUGGCGAAGAACUUCCAAGUUAAUCGACUCUUAUCAGCGAAAUAUAAAAUAAAAAGAAGAUACUAGCUGACAUAAGAAUUAUAUCUUUACAUCAGAAGCAUCCUCAAUAUAUAUCAUCUUUUAAAGGCAAAGGAAUAUAUUAUACAGAAGAAAUAUAACCAUGCUUAUAUAAGUCUGGUGAAUUAUGGCGAAAUGUUGCUUCUAAGAUUAUUAACAUUUGUGUAAUUCACUGGCUGGAAUAAGUACAAAAUAAUUUUUCAUUCUAAAUAAAUUUAGAUAAAUUUAUAAAGGUCUUUGCAGUUAAUUGAUAGACAUAUAGCAGAAGGAAUAUUUGUUAGAAAUAAAUGAUAUAAAAGGAGAACAAGCAACAUACUGUGGUGUGAGAAGAAAAUGUUUUUAGUUCAAUGAGUUGAAAGAUUGAGUUUUUAUCCUGAAGAAAUGGCAAAAAACUUAGCAAAGUCUUCAUAUGAAUGUGAUAUCUGUAAAAAGUCAUUCACUACAAAAGGUCAUCUUACUACUCAUGUACGCAUUCAUACAGGAGAGAAACCAUAUCACUGUGAUAUCUGUGGUAAAGCAUUCAAUCAAAAUGGUGAGUUAACUAUUCAUAAACGUGUUCAUACAGGAGAGAAACCAUAUCAUUGUGAUAUCUGUGGUCAGUCAUUCGUUCGUAAAGAUAUUUUAACUACACACAGACGUAUUCAUACAGGAGAGAAACCAUAUAAAUGUGAUAUGUGCUGUAAAUCAUUCUCUAAAAGUACUAACUUAACUGAUCACAAACGCAUUCAUACUGGAGAAAAACCAUACCAAUGUGAUUUCUGUGGUAAAUCAUUCAAUCAAAAUAACCAGUUAAUUAAGCACAAACGCAUUCAUACAGGAGAGAAGCCUUAUCACUGUGACAUCUGUGACAAAUCAUUCUCUCGAAAUGAUGAAUUAAUUGCUCACAAACACAUUCAUACAGGUGAGAAACCAUAUCAGUGUGAUACCUGUGGUAAAUCAUACCCUCGAAAUAAUCAGUUAACUACUCACAAGCGCACUCACACUGGAGAAAAACGGUUUCAUUGCGAUAUUUGUGGUAAGGCAUUCUCUCAUAGUAAUGUUUUAAAGGGACAUAAACGCAUUCAUACUGGAGAAAAACCCUAUCACUGUGAUAUCUGUGACAAAUCAUUCUCACGAAAUGAUGAAUUAACUAUUCACAAACACGUUCAUACAGGAGAGAAACCAUAUCAGUGUGACAUGUGUAGUAAGUCAUACCGUCGCAAAAACCAGUUAACUGCUCACAGACGUAUUCAUACAGGAGACAAUCCAUUUCAUUGUGACAACUGUGGUAGAUCAUUCUCUCACAGUAGUCGGUUAACUAAGCACAAAUGUAAUAGUGUAAGAGAAAAACUAUAUCAGCGUAAUAUUUGGUAAAUCAUUCUCUGAAACAUGACAAUUAUUCACAUCUGUAUUCUUACAUGAGAGAAAACACAUCACUUUGUUAUUUGUAGUAUCUCAUCGUACUAUAAUUAGAUCUAAUUAUAUUUAAUAUUCAACUGAACUGUAUAUAUAUAUUUUUUAUGUAUUCUCGUAUAUUCUUGUUUUGUUAUUUUUUUUAUGCAUUCCAUCAGAUGACUAAUUUUAUUUGUAAUAUGAAAAGUUGUAUCUAUGGUCCCUUCAUGACUUUAUUGUGGCACUAAAUGUUAAUUUGUCAAUGUAGCAUUAAACUUUAAAUAAAUGCAAGGUGUUUAGAGUAA